AUUAGUUUCGUCGCCAUCAUAGCGACGAGAUCGCGACCGCUUUUGGCCGCAGAGCCAGAAACUCAGGCAAUUGUCGUUUACGACAAAAAGGCGAGGAGGCAGAGCUUUUGCUCUGUUGCAGACGAGUCCGUGGUCACCGUAGAACCGUCACGUCGGGCGUCGAUUAUCGGCAACUGGAGGACCUUUUUUCCACCUUUGACGCUAACGAAACAUGGCUUAUUGAAGAAGAUGAAGGGUCUGCAAAAAUACACUGUUUCUCCGUACGGAGGAGACCGUAGCCUCAAUCACGCUGGAAAUCAGCACGAACGUAUUCGUGCCAGAAAUGGAAAAGAACGCAAAGUUUACGCAGUCCUCCACAAAGGGAGCUCCUGCUGAUGCGAAGAAGACACAAGAUGUUACUAAUAAGCUUUUCCCGAGAGCUUUGCGUCGGUGCGAACCAUCUGGCACUAGUAGUUCCACGAAGUUCGAACAACCAAAGAAGUGCAAUGUACAGAAAGCAAAAAGUUUUGAUAAGAGACCAAAACCUAAAGGACAAUAUUAUGGCGGUUCAAAGGAGAAUACCAAGGUAGUGCAAUCAGAAUUAGCUGAGCCUGGCACAGUAUUGGUCCAAGGAAGUAAAAAGCAGAAUUUGAAUCAUCUGCUAAAUUUUCAUUAUGAACCACGUGAUAUGCGUGGUGGUUCAGGUGCAUGGAGUCGUGGAAAACCGAUAAAGGGUUAUUGCCGCAACAGUAAUAGGUGGCUUCCGCCGGUACAGCGUCAUAAGUACAACAAAGAACAGUUUUUACAAGCCAGCUGCCAAUUUGUUGUAACUGCCAAUGGAAAUUAUUCAUUACAUCUGACUGACCCCGAUGCUCUAGUUGAUUGGAAAUUAGUAGAACAGAUUAAAAUUCAUAGUUCUGAGAGCUUGUCUUGCCCAAUUUGUUUGUGUUCACCAGUUGCUGGAAAAAUGACACGCUGUGGUCAUGUUUAUUGUUGGCCCUGUAUCCUUCAUUAUUUAUCGCUCUCUGAUAAAUCUUGGCGUAAAUGUCCCAUUUGUUAUGAGUCUAUUCAAAAAUCUGAUUUGAAAAGUGUCACUGAAAUCACUCAAAGUAUGCUAAAUUCUGGCGAUAUUGUUACUUUGCGUCUGAUGCGCCGUGAGAAAGGAUCGUUACUCGCAGUACCCGUUGGAGCCGCGGUACAAAGUCCAACAAACUUUUUCCCAGCUUCAGAUCCUAUCAGUAAAGAAGUGUAUUCGAAACUUCUCAUUGCAAGCACAAAUGAUGUCAUGGGUAUCAUCGAAUGCGAACGUACUCAAUUGCAGUUCGAACUGUCGGAUAAUCCCGAUUCGCCAGAAAAUUGUUACAUCGAGCAAGCGCUUAAUGAACUUUCAAUACGCGAACAGGAUCUGUUAAAGGAGAUCGAAUCAAAGUCACAAGUUUCUGUGGACCCGACUACAACACAGAUGGAGAACAGUGAUACUGAAAAACAGUUACUUCAACAAGAAUAUCAAGAUUGCGAAGAAGUUAAUGAUAUUUCAAACGAAAAAAAUAUAAAAAGCGUAGAUGAAGAAUAUCCCAAAACAGUAGAAAAUUCACCCAACAGCACCCAGUCGACUUCAGGCUUACAUAAAUUUUUUUAUUUUUACCAAGCGGACGAUGGGCAAGAUCUAUAUCUUCACGCAGUGAAUGUAAAAAUGUUGGAAAUGCAGUACGGUAGUCUUGAGAAUUCUCCUCAUGUAAUAACGGGAAAGCUCUUGGAAAAAGAAGGAGGAAGUCUUACAGAAGAUCUAAGACGCAGACUAAGAUAUUUAUGUCACUUGCCGAUUACUUGUCAGUUUGAAGUAGCCGAGAUCGAGUUAAAACCACCGAUUGUAUCGCAAGAGGUUCUCUCUUCGUUUCAGGAGCAAUUAGCAUUGAGACACAGACGCAGGCAGCAGCGAGAACGUGGAGAAAGGAAAAGGGAGAAAAAGAUCACCGAAGAAGAAAAUAAACGAAUGGGAAGAUAUCCAAAGCCUAUUGUACACAUCGAUUCACAGCGUCAUUUCCCUCAAUGGCAGCCGGAACUGUUGUUUUCAGAGGAGAACGUUUCAUCACCGCCGGAAUCAACGGUGCCUUCAAGCGUAGCUAGCAGUCCAUCGUUGAACACGACGUUUGACGAAAUUGCUGUGAACAGACAAACCGACAAUACAACUCUCGAACAGGGGGGGCCAUCGUUCGCAGAGAUGUUGCGAAACAAAGGCACGCGUUUAAAAUCCGACACCGUAUGGCCGUCUGUUAACUCUGCUCGCAAGAAGCCGUGUUCGAGCAUGCUUGUCGAGUCAUCUUCCAGAGACACCGAGGAAGAAAAUUAUGUUUCAGCGCCAUCUUACAGUCAGAGCUUUGGCGACGCUUUGGCAGCCGCUUUAGAACAAACAAAAUUGUUGGGAGCAGAGAAAGCUGGAGGCGGAAAGAAGAAGAAGAAGAAGAAGAAAUAAUCAACCGUAUUGUUCGCAACUACUAUGGCACACCCGUCUUAAUUUUCUGUUGUAACAAUGCUCGCACUUUACAUUUCUAUUCCGAAAUUUUGCAAUUCUGUUAUUUUAUCAUUUAUUGUCUUUCAGGUUACUUUGGGUAUAUAUUAGAAAAUUUAUAUUGCACGUCUGUCGAAUUUUCGUAAUUGUAUUAUCGACUACUAAAUAAUUAUUUUCUGU